GACCGGCGUGCUGCAGGCCCCUCCCCUGGAGCCGAGCGGGUGCGCGCUGGGCGGUAUUGCGGUCUCCCGGGCUGGCGAGUGUGGCUGGUGUGAAUGCAAUCGAGAGCUCUAGCCUUUCUUGCGGAAAUGUGAGCCCAUCGAAAUAAACCCCGGGGGGAACGGCUUGCUCGCUGAACACUGAAGCCGUGCCCUGUAGUGGCCGCGACAGUCUGACCCCGACCUUAUGGAUCGUCCGUGAAAGAGGUGGCCUCGAUGGCCGGGAGGACGCUGGGACCUGGGGAGUAAAGCCUUGCGUUUUGUGACUUUAUAGGUCUGAGGGGCAGCGCUGAGAAUGUGCGGGCGAACGUCCUGCCACUUGCCUAGAGAUGUUCUCACGAGGGCCUGUGCCUAUCACGAUCGCCAGGGCAGGCGGCAGAUCCCGCAGUGGAGGGACCCCGAGAAGUACUGCCCCUCCUACAACAAGAGCCCUCAGUCCAGCAGCCCAGUGCUUCUCUCCCGGCUGCACUUUGAGAAGGUUCCUCUGGGAAAAGGACGGCGCUGUGUUGUUUUAGCAGAUGGAUUCUACGAGUGGCAGCGGUGUCAGGGAACAAGCCAGAGACAACCAUACUUCAUCUAUUUUCCUCAACUCAAGACAGAGAAGUCUGGUGGGAAUGAUGCUUCAGACAGCCCUGACAGCAAGGAAAAGGUCUGGGACAACUGGAGGCUGCUGACCAUGGCAGGGAUCUUUGACUGCUGGGAACCUCCAGAGGGAGAGCGCCUGUAUUCCUACAGCAUCAUCACAGUGGAUUCCUGCAGAGGCUUGAGUGACAUCCACAACAGGAUGCCUGCCAUACUGGACGGAGAAGAGGCAGUCUCGAAAUGGCUUAACUUUGGUGAGGUCACCACUCAGGAAGCUCUGAAGUUAAUCCACCCCAUAGACAAUAUCACCUUCCAUCCAGUUUCUUCAGUGGUGAACAACUCCCGAAACAACACUCCUGAGUGUCUGGCUCCUGCUGACUUGGUGGUUAAGAAGGAGCCCAAGACAAGUGGCAGCAGUCAAAAGAUGAUGCAGUGGCUGGCUACAAAGUCACCCAAAAAAGAAGCCCCCGAGUCACCCAAGAAGGAUGAGUCAGGUGUACCCCAGUGGUCCAGCCAGUUUCUACAGAAGAGCCCAUUGCCUACUAAAAGAGCUGCCCGCAGCAGCCUCCUGGACCGGUGGCUGAAGCAGGAGAAGGAGGAGGAGCCCGUGGCCAAGCGGCCUCACAGUCUGACACAGUAAAUGACUGGAAUUGUGUCUUUACUGGGAAGUGGUAGCACAGUGUCAGCUGUCAGUUGUGGGCCUAGGAGGGAUAUGGCUACUGUGGGACUGCCUGAGAAGAAAAGGAGGACGGCCGUGGCCCUCUGUGGGCCUCCACCCAUGCUGGCUCCGCUGGGAGGCUCGCCUCCAGCUGGGGGCUUUUCUUCUGCUCUGGUGUCCCUGGCAGGAGGCUCUUCUCAAUCUCUGGGUUCUAUUUUAGAGUUAAGUUCUUAAAAUGUAUUUUGUUAUAAAUAAAUUAUGUUUGAUAAACCUUGGCUGGCAAGA